GAGAUCUCUGCUUAGCUGAAAUUGGUUGCUAUUGAUUGGCUUUACAAAAAAUGUUGAUGUUGCAUUAGGUGGAGCUGAAAUUAUGCUAGCAAGACUAGUAGUCAAAGUGUGAUCAUGACUGGUCUAGUCAUGAUUAAGUUUAACUUAAUUCUAACACCACGAGAUAGUGCAUGCAACAUCAAUAUGUAGGGAACUCAGUUGAGCGUCUAUGCCUCAUUGAACACAUCAAGUAGUAUUGUGGGCUUUGCUAUUUAGUUGCUCGUUAAAUCUACCAAAUAAACGUAUCAAAAUAAGUUAAAUAAUUAUUAUGAGAAAGUUCAGAUAUCAUGUUACUUCGCUUUUUAUUUAUUUUUUUAAUUAUUUUCUAUGCAUUGUCAAAGCAUAUGAAGUGCCACUGCUUAUUUGAUGAUCCAUGAUGGUCAAAAUCUAGUCAUCGGAACAAAAAUUUGCUCCUAGUUGGUCUUGCAACUUGCAUGAGACACCUCUUGUAUUACUAGGAUGCCUCUCAACAAUGGCAACCCAGUGCACAAGAUUUCCACUAGUAGAGGGUCUUGGGAGGGUCAAUAUAUGUAAUCAUAUCCAUACAAAACACAAAUAGAGAGGCUGCUUCCACAACUUAAAUUUUGGUCACUAGAUGCAAAUGAGCAUCUUUACCAUGAGACUAAGGCCCACUCUUUGGCAUGCCUUUCAUACGAUAGCGGGCAGUCGUAGUGCCAAUUUGCUUCCUAUGAAUGUUGCCAUGUAAAAGAAUUUCUCAACUUUGAUAAGCCAGCUUGGGUUUUGCUAAACAUGGGACAUUAUUCUUUGCCUCUUAGCAAAAAAUGUUGAUGUACAGUUGCAAUGUCUAUUGUGGCUUAGGCUAAAAGUUGGAAACAAUAUUAUGUUGCUCCCAUUGGUAAUCACAUGAUGAAAUGACAAGAAUUUUGACUGACAGUGACAUUACCAAAUAUCGCUGGCUCUGUCGUGGUUGUAUAGUAGAUGGUCAUGCCUCUUAAGCGGAUCUGGUAAUGCUUGAGAUGGUUGAUAACCAUAGAUUUCUAUUGUAAGCAAAGCCAAUAUAGCAGAGUUGGUUUAGCCAUCAUGUAAAGGCGACAAGUUUUGAUGGCAACUCCCAAUAUUGGCUUAAUUUGCUAUGGAAGCAGUGGUGCUGGCAAUUGUUCUACUUCAUACUGCAGCAAUCAGGUCAAUUUAAUAGGCGAUUUUCCUUAUGCAACUCCAAGCCUGCCAUCUAGAACUUCUUGCUUAAGUGAGGUGGUAAUCAUUUCCUGUGUUGUGCUGGUUGGACUCUUUGCCUUGCAGCACAAGGGAACUCAGAGGGUGGCCUUCAUGUUUGCUCCUGUUGUUAUUAUUUGGCUCUUGUUCAUUGCUGCAAUUGGCUUGUACAAUACAAUUUAUUGGAACCCCAGAAUAAUCCAUGCUCUUUCUCCACAUUACAUUGUCAAGUUUUUUGAGCACACAGGAAAAGAUGGUUGGAUUUCCCUUGGGGGAAUACUUCUUUCAGUUACAGGUACUGAAGCUAUGUUUGCAGAUCUUGGACACUUCAAUGAGACAUCCAUCAGGAUAGCAUUUGUUGGUCUGAUUUAUCCAUGUUUAGUACUGCAAUACAUGGGGCAAGCAGCAUUUCUUUCUAAAAAUAUACACGAUGUAUCUAGCAGCUUUUUCGAAUCUAUACCACAAUCAGUUUUUUGGCCUGUUUUUGUGAUCUCGUCUCUUGCUGCUAUAGUCGCUAGUCAAUCUGUCAUCUCUGCUACUUUCUCCAUUGUGAAGCAAUGUCAUUCGUUGGGAUGCUUUCCACGUGUCAAAAUUGUCCAUACAUCAAGAUGGAUCCACGGCCGGAUAUAUAUACCUGAAAUAAACUGGAUCCUUAUGGUUCUUUGUCUUUCUGUCACACUUGGUUUUCGUGACACAACCAUAAUUGGAAAUGCUUACGGUAUAGCAAGCAUGACUGUGAUGUUUAUUACCACAUGGCUGAUGGCAUUAGUUAUUAUCUUUGUGUGGCAAAAUAGUGUCAUAUUUGCCCUUCUAUUUCUCAUUUUCUUUGGGUCUAUCGAGGGUGCCUAUCUUUCCUCUUCUCUCAUUAAGUUUACUCAGGGAGGAUGGGUGCCUUUUGUGCUCUCCUUUAUCUUCAUGGUCAUCAUGUAUGUCUGGCACUAUGGCACUCACGAAAAGUACCUUUUUAACCUACAAAACAAGGUCUCAAUGAAAUGGAUUCUCACUCUUGGCCCCAGCCUUGGGAUUGUUCGUGUCCCAGGAAUGGGAUUUAUUUACACAGAGCUAGCUACUGGUGUGCCAUCUAUCUUCUCCCAUUUUGUGACCAACCUUCCUGCUUUCCAUCAAGUUCUUGUCUUUGUCUGCAUGAAAUCAGUACCGGUCCCAUAUAUUCCACCAGAUGAACAAUACCUCAUAGGACGGAUUGGCCCCAGAACCUACAGAAUGUAUAGGUGCAUCAUAAGAUAUGGCUACAAAGAUGUGCAGAAAGUUGAAGACAACUUUGAGAAUCAAUUGAUAUUGAGCAUUGCCAAGUUCAUUCAGAUGGAAGGUGAGGGGUCAUCCACUGGAAGUUAUGAUUCAUCUCCAGAAGGAAGAAUGGUCGUCAUACGAACUACUGACACAUCUGGUACUAGGUUGGUGACAAGGGAUGCUGAUGAGAGUGAAUGUAAUUCUACCCCUAUCAGGAGCAGCAAAUCCGUAACGCUGCAAAGUUUGCAGUCCCUAUAUGAGGAAGAAUCACCUCAUGUUAGUCAUCGUCAUCGGGUGCAAAUCGAGUUGUCUGAAACAGAAGAUAUUAACUGUGAGGUUAAAGAAGAAUUAAUGGCACUGUUGGAAGCUAAGCAAGCAGGAGUUGCCUAUAUAAUGGGUCAUUCUUAUGUAAAGGCCAGGAAGACAUCAUCUUUCAUGAAAAAAAUUGCCAUUGAUGUUGCCUACUCUUUCCUCCGUAAGAAUUGCAGGGGUCCUGCAGUGGCUUUGAAUAUUCCUCACAUAAGCCUCAUUGAAGUGGGGAUGAUCUACCAUGUUUAGUAAGUUCAUUUUUAUACAUAAUAUGUAUAUGUUCUCAGUGUCAAAGAGGAAGUCAGAGAAGCAAAAGUUUUGCUGCAAUAUAUGAAAAUUUUAGCCAUUCACUACCUAUUUGGCUUAAGUCUGCCUGUACUAGUUCUUGGUGUAAUAUAAGCAGUUGUUAGAACAUGUUGUGUCAUAUCUUGUGGUAUACUACUUUCUACAGGAUGCAGUUCCAGCUGGAUCUUAUCGCUAUCAAACAUUGUGACCGACAUCAUUGCAAUUAAAUGCAAAGAUACAGCUUACCUCAUUUGUGGUAAUAGCCUAGAGGAAGUCGAUCAGUGUAGGACAUAAGCUUCCUUAAGUUGACAAUAAUUGCAUUGUCUCUCUCUAGUUGAGAUUUGUAAUGUCAUUUUUAUUUAGACUGGGAAAACAAUUAAUGUUCCCUUUAUUUUCUUUUCUUCA